UUAGCGGAAGGAUCCAUCGAAGGGCGGGAGAUCAAAUUCUUCUCCUCCUCUUCUCCUUUCUGGCAGACGAGAGAAAGGAGCGCGCCUCCUCUCCUGUGUCUCUUGGUGUUCUGGGGAGACAAGACUCGAUAGGGAAAAACCUAGAGGCCCUUUUCUCGUUGUUCUUGUUAUUCAUCUCCUUCCCGCGUGCCUUUGUUUUGCGUUUGCGUCGAUUCGGCCAGGAUGAAUCAGUACGACCUCAGAUACGGAGACCCUAAUUCAUACCGCGAGAGAAGAAGUGAUUUUGGGGCUCCCCCUCAUAAUAUCGGCGGCGGUGGUGGUGGUGCUGCCGGAAAUGGUGGAGGGCUUGGCGGUGCCAGUGGUUUGCCCAACAUGGGCCGCGGCGGGGCGGUCCCCUAUGGCGGUCCGGUGGGAGGGUUCGUGGCUACCACGGGCGGUACGGCGACUGGGAUCAGCACGGGGCCGGUGCCGCUUCCUGUUCCCUCUACUGGUGCAGGUGGCGCGCCUGGUGUUAUGGGCGGUGGCGGUGGUAUGCCUCCUGGUAUUGGUGGCCCGAGCGUCAGUGGGGCUGGAAGAGGGAGCUUCAGUGGCAUGCUUCCUUUCCAACCUGGUGUUGGGCCGAGCGCGGAGCAUAGUCGAGGAUGGAGCGGUGGUAGAAGUGGGGAUCGUGGAGGUAGGAUUGCAAAUGGGGAUCGUGGGGGUAGGGGUUACGGAGAUCGUGGGGGCAGUCGGAGGGAUGAUGGCGCUUCUCGUGCUGGUGAUCGAGGACCUGCUUCGAGAGGAAGAGGCGGUGGUAGGGGUGAUUCAGGGCGCGGUGGCCGAGGGCUUGACGGCGGGCGUCCAGGCGGAAGGAGUAACGACUGGGGUCGUGGUGGUAUAAGUGAUGAUUGGGGUCGGGGCGGCGUCGGUGGUAGGGGCUAUGGUUCUGGAGGACGUGGUGGUGGUGGUGGUUUCAGAGGAGGAAGAGACUUUGGAAGGCCUAGCGCCGACUUGAAUAGUGUUUCUCUUCCAAAGGAGGAUUUCGGGAAUCUGAAACCCUUUGAAAAGGAUUUCUACGUGGAGUGUCCGUCUGUGCAAGCUAUGACUGAUCAGGACGUCGCCCUGUAUCGCAAAAGGCGUGACAUUACAGUUGAAGGUCAUGAUAUUCCGAAGCCAGUCAGGCAAUUUCAUGAGGCGAGCUUUCCAGACUACUGCCUUCAGGCAAUAGCUAAAUGUGGUUUUGUUGAACCAACUCCUAUUCAAGCUCAAGGAUGGCCAAUGGCCUUGAAAGGUAGAGAUUUGAUCGGGAUUGCUGAGACAGGGUCGGGAAAAACUUUGGCAUAUCUUUUACCAGCACUGGUGCAUGUCAAAGCGCAACCUCGACUAAUGCAUGGUGAAGGUCCUAUAGUCUUGGUCUUAGCUCCUACAAGGGAGUUAGCUGUUCAGAUUCAAGAAGAAGCUGUUAAGUUUGGUUCACAUUCAAAUGUAAGAAGUACAUGCAUUUACGGUGGUGCCCCCAAAGGUCCUCAGAUUCGUGAUCUUCAAAGGGGGGUUGAAAUUGUCAUUGCAACUCCUGGGCGGUUGAUUGACAUGUUAGAAGCUUGCAAGACAAACUUACGGAGGGUAACAUACCUUGUGUUGGAUGAAGCAGAUCGGAUGUUGGACAUGGGAUUUGAGCCACAGAUUAGAAAAAUUAUUUCUCAAAUUCGACCUGAUAGGCAGACAUUGUAUUGGAGUGCUACAUGGCCUAAAGAAGUUGAGGCUUUAGCUAGGCAAUUCCUGCGCAAUCCCUACAAGGUCACCAUUGGAUCUCCUGAUCUCAAGGCAAAUCAAGCUAUUAACCAAAUUGUGGAGGUCUUGAAAGAGAACGAGAAGUAUCCUAGACUUAUCAGACUGCUGGAGGAAAUAAUGGAUGGAAGCAAGAUCCUCAUAUUCACUGAGACCAAGAAGGGUUGUGACCAGGUUACUAAGCAGCUGCGUAUGGGAGGAUGGCCAGCUCUAUCAAUUCAUGGUGACAAAAGCCAAUCCGAGAGAGACUGGGUUCUAACCGAGUUCAAAACUGGGAGCAAUCCCAUAAUGACUGCCACUGAUGUUGCUGCUCGUGGUCUUGAUGUGAAAGACAUAAAAUGCGUGAUCAAUUACGACUUCCCGUCAUCUUUGGAGGACUAUGUACACAGGAUUGGACGAACUGGCCGUGCUGGCGCAAGGGGCACUGCAUUUACAUUCUUCACACAGGCGAACGCAAGAUUUGCAAGGGAUCUUAUAAAGAUUCUAAGGGAAGCUGGUCAGGCUGUCAGUCCAGCAUUGGCUGCCAUGGCACAUUCAGGAGGCGGAGGGGGCUCCGGUGGAAAUUUCCGUUCUCGAGGACGCAGUUUUGGCAACAGGUCAUUGAUAUCAGGUUCCAACACUGUUCCUCUAGGCGGGCUGCGGCAUUGGUAGGACAUAGCUGGCAAUGAACCGGCUGGGCUCAUUUAGUUGGCCGACAGGCCUGCUUGAUUUUGUAUUACUGAAGUUGAAAGUGAAGCUCGUGCGGGUGACGGUGCAUUGUAUUAUGAUUUUUCUGUUUUACUUUUUUGGCUUCCGAGGCUUGCACUGAUCACCUUGAAGGAUACCGUGAAAAUAUGCACUGUUUGUGCCUAAAUAUUGUGAAACAACAGGCUUAUUCGUUUAGUUCAUGGUUUAUGGAAAAGCUUUUAGUGUC